CAAGCCGUGUCAUUGUGUACGUGUUUUGUGUUUUGGCCAACUUAUGCCCUUCUACGAACGGAAGGGACGGACAUUCGUGGAAGUUGCGCGUCACCAUGGUGACUGACAACAUUGGAUCAUCGAACUGAUAUGAGACAGGAUCAACUAUAAAAUGAGUCUUGAAUAGUCCAACAAGAGGCAUUUCCCCGGUGCCAAGUUAUCCCAGCUCAUGCCAACUUUGAUUAUCAGACUCAAGCAACGCAAAACAAAUCUCAUACACAACUUUCACUGUCCAACCACUUUUACUUCCCUAAAACUACCAAACAGUCGAGUUGAUUCAGUCAUUCAACAUGGGAGGCUUCAACAAACUCACAGACUUGGCCCAGCAACUCGCCGGCAAGGACCAAGGCAAGAAGGAUAAGCAGCAGCAGGACUCAUCAAACUCCCAGACGACGACAAUGGCGUCCAACGACCAGGAAUGGGCAGACGUUGGGUCGGCGGCCAAAAAGGCCUUGGCGGGCUUCCAGGCGGACCAGGCUGGUGGGAAGGGGCCCGAUUAUACCGAGAUUGGGGUUGUUGCGCGGAGGGCUCUUACGGCUUAUAAUCAUGGCGGCGACGGUGGUGCUGGUGUUGCUGUUGAGAAGGUGGGUAAGAAGGAUCUUGCAGAGAUUGGAAAGGGGAUCGCUGUUGGGUUUGGCGGAAGUGAGAAGAUGGAGGAUGGGAAGCCGGGAGGAGCUGAUGGUAAGCUGGAGGCUGGGAAGGGGACUGGCGGGGUUGAGGGCGAAAGGUUGGAUGAAGGGAAGGAGACCAGAGUCCACGGUGAUGAUAUGGCCGUCUCGAGUUCCAACGCGGAGGAUACCGCCGGCCUGGGGAGCAAGAAGCUCUUGGAAGGCGAAGAAUCUUCCACUGAGAAGAUGGGGCUGGGCUCUUACACCAAGCGAGAUGUCGGUGAUGGUCUCGGUUUCGAAAAGGGCGGGCUGGGUGAAGAUGAGGGCGUCUUUACUGGCACUGAGGGGAAUGAGGCCGACGUCACUAGGAGCGGCGAAGCGACGAGCGGACAAGGUACGUUGUUUCUUCUUGAAAAGAUUUUCCCUACAUUUGGGUUGUUUGACUGACCUCUACCUCGACUAGGACUCCGUGGCUCGGGUCAGCAGCCUGUUGGCGUUACCGGUGGCAAAGAAGAGACUAUUGGGGAUCAGUCGGUUAAGAAAUGGAUCGAGUGAGGCGACGGCAUCUUGCAAGGGAAUUUGUCACAAUGUAACUAUUGUAUUGACGGGAAUCACUAUUGUUGGUGAAGGACGUUCGCUGGCUCGAAUGUCUGAGAUGAGUGAGUGACUCACUCAAGUACUGUUGCUCCAGCCGGACUGUUUUGAAACAGAGGCGCAGCAGGAUCAUCACUGGGGAAGUUGGUGGGUUAUUUCGCGUAACUAUCGGAUUGCGUGUUAGCUAGAAAAUUGAAGAGAGAGAGAGAGAGAGAGAGAUCUGUCCUUUAGAACACUGCAAAAUGCUAGCUUGGUCUUGGGGUUGAUG